AUGGCACACCUCGCAACAGCAUCGGAGCCAGCUCCUCUCCCCCUUCCCCCAGGCAUCAUAUCUCGCCAAAUAGACCUCUCCGCCUACGGCCAUCUCUCCUACCACAUCCUCGAAGCCGGCGCACCCACCGACCCUCUGAUAGUACUGCUCCAUGGCUUCCCUGAAUUAGCAUUCUCAUGGCGCAAGGUCAUCCUUCCACUCGCCAAAGGUGGCGGUCGACGUUCAUAUCAUGUCAUUGCGCCGGAUCAACGAGGGUUCGGACGCACCACCGGCGGGGAUUCGAGGCCUUAUGAGUGGGUCGAUCUACACAAUUUCGCAACAACAAUGUACGUGCGAGACGUCAUUGCGCUGGUCAAUGCAUUAGGGUACAGCAAAGUGGAAUGUAUCGUGGGCCAUGACGCCAGCGCUGUGACAGCAGCUGCUUGCGCCGUUAUCAGGCCGGAUGUCUUCAAAAGCGUGGUUAUACUCACGCAUCCAUUUGACGGCGUACCGCGCCUGCCGUUUAAUACUAUUGAUACACAGGGUUCGUCAUCUUUCCCGCCGGUUAGUGCCGGUAAGGCGACACCUAGCAUCAACGAUAAACUCAGGGCUCACAAUCGGAAACAUUAUAAAUGGUACUACUCAACCCACGACGCAAAUGGAGAUAUGGCCGGACCCACCACCGCAGGCGGUCUUCGUGGGUUUCUGAGGGGUUAUUUUCAUGUCAAGUCUGGUUCCUGGAAGGGGAACAGCCCGUAUCCAUUGAUCAGGAAGGGGGAGAAUAGCGGACGGCUGGAGUGGCCGAUGGAUGAAGUAGUCAAGAUGCCGGAAUAUUAUAUCAUGCCUCUGGAAGCGACUAUGCCACAGGUCAUUGAAAAGCUCAUGAAGGAAGAGCCACAAGCUGCAUCAAAGGAUUGGCUAUCAGAUGCAGAUUUGGAAGUAUACGUUAACGAAUAUGCACGUACCACUUUCCAGGGCGCAUUGAACUGGUACCGCGUCCAAACUGCGGAUGGAGGUAAGAAGCCAGAAUUGAAACAUGAUUUAGACAUAUUUGCUGGAAAACGUAUCUCAAUACCCUGUGCUUUUAUUGGCGGCGACAAGGAUUGGGGCACGUAUCAGCAGCCUGGAGCUAUUGAGAAGAUGGCUGGCAAUGAGAAGGAGGUUUGUGAUGAUUUUCGAAUGUUGAGGAUGGUGGAGGGGGCUGGACAUUGGAUUCCACAGGAGAAACCGGAUGAGGUUGUGCGGGCUAUAUUGGAGUUUAUCGAUUUUUGA